AACUCUGGGGGAGGGGGAAGGCAGUUGAAGAUUAACGAGAAAAAUCAAACUUUGGCUUCCUCGUUCGAACGAUCGAAAUUAAGCGAGCUUUGUGAUUUACUAGAUUGAUCGAAGGUCGACCGACGAGGUUCAAUCGACAAAUGAAAUUGCUCGAAGCGCAUGAAGUUUUUUAAAUGAAAGAACCGCGACAAGCAUGCUAAACACGAUAAAAACGAGCUUGAGAAGGAGCGUGCAACAACCGAGUAGAAUUGUACAGCUUAACAAAAUUGAGAAUAAAACAGUCUCGAAACCUUUGCCAGUUUUUCGAUACUCAAUAAGUGACGAAAGAGAUCACAGAGUGUACGUCUGGGGUUUGGCGGAUCAUGGUGCUCUCGGUACAUUAAAAACAACAAAGUUCGACAAGAGCAUCUCUUACAUUCCAAAGCCAAAAAGAUUGGUUUUUGGAGAGAAACACGACGUAACGAAUAUAACAUGUGGCUAUGGUUUCACUGCUUUUGCUGUGAGAUCCAAGGAUAAGAAUAUUUUGUACGGGAGCGGGAUAAACACAGAUUCUCAGCUUGGUUUCAACGAAAUGGACAGAAAGUUUCCCAAUGGCUUAAUAACCGAACCUAGACUCAUUAAUCUUCCAGUCAAAGAUUCUUCCACUAAAGUCUUAGACAUGGCAGCUGGAAGAGCGCAUUUGUUGGUAUUGACGGAUGAAGGUUUGUUUACACUAGGAAACAAUGCGUACGGACAAUGCGGUCGUCCUAUAAUUCCGGAGGAGAAUUAUGAAAAGAGCAGGAUUAUUCAUCAUAUACCUAACAUAAAAGAGAAAAAGGUCAAAGCCGUAACGGCUGGCCAAGAUCACAGCGUACUGUUGACAGAAUGUGGUGAAGUGUAUACCUUUGGUUGGGGCGCGGAUGGACAAACUGGAUUGGCACAUUACCGAAAUGAAUACAGGCCAAGUUUGGUGAAAGGAGACUUGGCUGGGCAGCAUAUUAUAAAAAUUGCGUGUGUCGCAGACUGUGUACUAGCACUCAGCGACAAAGGAAUCGUAUUUGGUUGGGGCAAUUCUGAAUAUGCGCAGUUAUUUAUAGAGGGUGAGAAUCAACAGGUAAACAUAGCCACGGAAUUAAGCGCAUUGAAACAGUUAGGUCAUAUUGUAGAUAUUGCCAGUGGUGGCUGCUUUUGUAUGGUAUUAAACAAUGUAGGUGAUGUUUAUGUGUGGGGUUAUGGUAUUCUUGGUCUUGGUCCUGAAGUUAAGAAAGUUUCACAACCAACGAAAAUUCCAUCUGUACUUUUUGGAAAUAAUGCAUACCAGAAAAAUACAAAAGUGGUAAAGAUAUUUUGCGGUAUGAGUCACCUUGCAGCUUUGACUAAUAUGGGUGACUUGUACAUGUGGGGUUGUAACAAAUUCGGAUCUUUAGGAUUAGGGGAUUUGAAGGACCAAUAUUUUCCAUUAAAGGUCACUGUAGGGGCACAAGUAAAAAAGGUAGCCUGCGGAAUAGAUCAUACAGUUGCUCUUUGUAAACCUUUUAUUUGAAGCAUAGUUUCACAUUACAAGAGGUAUAUAUUACUUAUUAUUAUAAAACUUGUGUAUAAAUUGUUAUUACAAUUUGUUGUAUAAAAAUA